AUUGCGCUCAGGAGGACAGAUCCGGAGUUCGGGUUAAAAUGAGAGGACUCACGCUGACUAAUGUUUGCCACUGUGGCUUCUUCACAUAUCUCGUUUUUAUGUAUUUGAGCGCAGGAGACAGUAUCUCUCUGACUGAAAGGGGGAGUAAAGUUCCCAAAUUCAAAGUGACUCCAAAAGGCAAUCUUUGGGCAACAGGGCAUUUCAUGGGAAAGAAAAGUGUGAUGGAAACCCCUUUGCUACGCUCACUGGAGGACCAGCAGGGUGUGAACGCGCUGGACGCCAGCCUCCCCGCUGAGCAGACCUCGCUUUUCCAAGAGUUUCUGCGGGUGGCGUUGAAGGCGCAGAUGGACACAGAAGAGAGCCGUUUGAAAGAGCAGGAAGCGGAGCUGCUGGCGAAAAUCUUAGUAAACUGAAGCGGAGGUCUGAAGAGAGGCGCGCACGGACCGAGGACCUCAAGGGAUUCAAAAAAGAAAUAACAGCCAGAAACAACCUAUCAUUUUUCUGCUGAUUAUGAUUAAAAUCAUUUGCAACAUUUCAACAAUAUGGUUAUAUUGCAACAUCUUUUUUCUGUUAAUAUUUCUUAAUGUUGUAUUUAUUUAGGCUAUUUGUAUUAAAUAAU